AUGGGCCACAAAACACAUCCUUACGGGUUCCGGUUGGGCAUCAUCAAGGACUGGAAGACCCAUUGGUACGCCAACAAUGCUACCGGUUAUCGCACCCUGGUAUUGGAAGACCUGAAGCUUCGCAAUACCGUCCAUGCCGAGUACCGUGGCUUUUCCGAUGCAGGUAUUUCACGAGUGGAAAUAGACCGAGGUGCCCAAGACACGGUGAUCAAUAUUCACUCCGCACGUCCGGGCAUCCUUAUAGGCAGAGACGGUGAAAGGGUUAAGAACCUGCGCAGCAAGCUCGAGGGUAUAACACGACGCCGGGUGCAGCUCAAUAUUGUUGAGAUUGAGCAGCCUGAGCUGGAUCCUUAUUUGGUAGGUCGCAAUAUUGCCGACCAGCUACAGAGAAGGGUUGCCUAUCGACGAGCCAUGCGGCAAGCAGCACAGCGGGCCAUGCAGGCAGGUGCCCAGGGCAUUAAGAUCAUCACAAAGGGUCGUAUCUCCGGUGCAGAAAUCGCCCGUGUUGAAAAGCUGAUGAUGGGUCGGGUCCCGCUCCACACUCUCCGGGCCGAUAUAGACUACUCAUUGGCCGAAGCCGCAACCGCUAUGGGCCGGAUCGGCAUUAAGGUGUGGAUUUACAAGGGAGAGAUCCUGCCUCCCGCUCCGGAAAUAGUUGAGGAAUUGGAAACUAUAGAAGUCAGGGUAGAAUCUGGGCCUGACGAUGAAGACUUGACCGAGGCCAUAGCCGACGACGUAAUCGGCGGGGUGGCAAUCAGGGGGGCUUUCGAUGUUGCAACCUAA